ACUUCAUCGACAAUUCUCAUGCGUUCACGCAUCCUGCCAAGCACUGUGAGAUCGUCUCUUGCAUACUCCGGACCUUCCGUGAAGCUACCAGCACAGCCGACUUUCGUUAGCAAAAGACCAUGGCUUUGGAUUCAGCAACGCGGCGCCAAGAAACAAACGACCAUCAAAGCGAGUGCGCUACAACAGGGAACAUCAGCUCCAUUACCACAAGAUGAGGUCGAAGCCACACCAGAACGGACGUAUCCCACCGUCUUGCAACAACAUCUCAACAAUGUUCGCAAGUUCGAAGACUGCGUCGUGCUCACCCGAGUGGGCGACUUCUACGAGAUGUACUUCGAUCAGGUAGAAGAAUUUGCUCCUCUGGUCAAUCUCAAGAAAGCAAAGAGAUCCACAGUACUAGGCGAUGUGCCCAUGGCCGGCUUCCAACAAUCGCAGCUCGAGCGCUAUCUUAAAAUGUUCGUCCAAGAUCUUGGCCAGAAAGUGGCAAUCAGUGAGCAAGUACGCUUGCCAGAAAGCGAGCGUGUUGGCAAAGCUGGAGGUAUGCUUUUCGACCGUCGAGUUACAAGAAUCGUGACCGCUGGGACUCUGAUCGACGAAAGCUUUAUGGACCCAUUCGAGAACAAUUAUCUGCUUGCGAUCCAUUUCGGUGGUGCUCUUCCAGCUUCGUCAUCUGAUGUUGAUCGCGCCGCUUUUGAGAGAUAUAGGCGCAGCACAAAAGUUGGUUUGAGCUGGGUGGACUUAUCAAGUGGUGACUUCUUCACACAGACCUCAGAUCUUGCCAGUUUGCCCUCUGCCGUGGCCCGCAUAGGUCCGCGCGAGAUAGUCUUGGAUGCAUCUAUGGAAUCCGUUGACCAGGUUCAACUACAACGAUCAAUCAGCGACAGCAACUUAUCGAUACAUUUUCACGGCGUCAAGGCUGUGCACGACUCGGUCGCAGAUUGGUCUUCAAUGCUCGAGCGACCUGUGGCCGCAGAAAAGCAGUCUGAAUUCACGGCUUUCGAGAUCGCUGCCGGCAAUCUCGUGCUCGACUAUGUCCGGAAUCAGCUGAUGGACGUCAAAAUUCAGCUGCAACCGCCAGUGAGACAAACGGACGAGGAAUAUAUGGCCAUUGAUAAACAGAGCCUGCGAAACCUGGAGGUUCGAAGCACAAUUCGAGAUGGUGCCUUUCAAGGAAGUCUUCUGCAUGCUAUUCGUCAAACGGUCACAAAAAGCGGCGCAAGGCUUCUAAGCAAGCGUCUUGUAGCGCCGUCAAUGUCGUUGUCAGUCAUAAACAGCCGAUUGGACCUAAUGCAAGAAAUGCUUUUCCACGAUGCACUCCGACAAGACGUUGUGGCUCUGCUUCAGCGCACGCACGAUAUAUAUCGACUCUUGCAAAAGUUCUCGGUUGGCAAGGGUGAUGCUGAUGACCUUCUUGGCCUGGCUCGGACGGUGGAAGUGAUGCGAGAGAUCUCUGACCUGCUGCACCAGCACAUACUGGCUCAUCAAGAUCGUGCGAAUGAGGAGAACGACAACUUUGCAACUCAGGACCUCACAUUCCUUUGGGACAUUUUGACUCGCGUUGAUCUCGAAACACCGACCAAAGUGGCCCGCAACAUCCAAGCUGCGAUCGAUGAAGAGGGCUUGAAUCAGCAGCAAAUCGCCGAAGAGGCAUCAGAAGCUGAAGCAGAGCAAAUGGUGGAAGAAGUCACUAAAGCAGAUGAAGCCGGCACCAAGUCACCGAAGCUCACCCGCAGAGCCGGCAAAUCCCAAGCUUCAAAUAUGGCUGAGCAGAAAUCGGAAGACAUAUGGAUCAUGCGCCGAAAGGCCUCGCCAACUCUUGAGCGAGCUCAUGGCGAUCUAGACAAGUUGCUAAGAGCAAAAGAAGAACUUACGUCUCGAUUGCAAAAGGAGCUGCGAGCACAGAGCCUCAAUCUCAAGUGGAGCGCACAACUCGGCCACUUCUGUCAUGUCAAGGGAAAAGAUGCGCAAGGCUCGAUUUCAGCGCUUGCCGGAGCACGAACUAUUGGCUCCACAAAGAGCACGAAGUCGUUCUAUCUGGCUGACUGGACUCACCUUGGCGUGCGCAUCGAUGAUUCCAAGUUGCGAAUCAGAACUGAAGAGGAACGAGUCUUUGGAAAGCUAAGAACGGAAGUGCUUGAGAAUCUGAUGAAGCUCCGUCGCAAUGCUGCCGUCCUUGACGAGCUAGAUGUGGCUUGCUCGUCCGCAUUAGUCGCGAAAGAUCGUGCUCUCAUUCGACCCAUUCUCAAUGAAAGCACGACUCAUCGGAUUGUAGGAGGACGUCACCCAACCGUUGAUGCUGGACUGAGAGAGCAAGGUCGGCCAUUCACGUCGAAUGAUUGCGCGGUCGGCGACGAAGAGAAGAUUUAUCUCAUCACAGGCCCAAAUAUGGCUGGCAAGAGCACGUAUCUCCGACAGAAUGCCCUCAUCACGAUUCUUGCUCAGGUCGGCUGCUUUGUUCCAGCCGACUAUGCGGAGAUUGGUCUGGUCGACAAGAUCUUCAGCCGUGUUGGCUCUGCAGAUAAUCUGUACCAGGACCAGUCAACCUUCAUGGUCGAAAUGCUUGAAACAGCAGACAUCCUGAAGCAAGCCACUCCUCGUUCCUUCGUCAUCAUGGAUGAGGUCGGUCGCGGUACGACACCCGAAGAUGGAAUUGCUGUCGGCUAUGCAUGCCUCCAUCAUUUACACAACGUGAAUAAAUCUCGAGCUCUCUUCGCGACACACUUCCAUGCUUUGGCGGAUAUGACGAGGGACUUUGAUAGUCUCGGAUGCUAUUGUACCAAUGUUGCCGAAGAAGCAGACGGCUCGUGGUCAUAUGUCCACAAGCUUCGUAAAGGCGUCAACCGGGCCUCGCAUGCGCUCAAAGUUGCGAAGCUGGCCGGUCUUCCGGAGGGUGCCAUUAGUGUUGCUGCUGAAGUGCUGGCUGAGUUGCAGCGGAAUCAAAGCUCGACUCGCGAUCACCAGGCCACUCUGCGCAAUGCGCGCGUCCCAGGUCCACGUCUUGCUGCUACGGCUGGAUGAAUUUCCAUCAGCUGAGGUUGAAAAACUACUUGUGGUCCUCCUCCGCCACAUCUUCAUUAUGUACGGCUUUGCGAAAGCCAACAUCUUGUAGACUGGAUUUGGAUUGAUUCAAAUCGCAUCGGAUGUAACGGCGAACCACUUCACUCCAUAGUUGCUCAAACCUAUCGCUGAUCUCCUCCAUGUACAGAAGUCGCGUUGCGGUUAGGAAAUCAGAAAACUCGUGCUCCGUG